GAUCCUGUGAAGAAGAUUCCUGACUCACAUGAAAUUACCCUCCACCAUGGCACAAAAACAGUCUCUGCUUUAGGAUUGGAUCCAUCGGGUGCCCGUUUGAUAACUGGAGGAUAUGACUAUGAUGUUAAAUUUUGGGAUUUUGCUGGAAUGGAUGCAUCUCUUCAGGCUUUUAGAUCUCUGCAACCAUGUGAAUGUCACCAGAUAAAGUCUUUGCAGUACAGCAGCACUGGAGAUGUCAUUCUUGUUGUUGCGGGUAACUCUCAAGCUAAGGUUCUUGACAGAGAUGGCUUUCCUGUGAUGGAGUGUGUGAAGGGGGACCAGUAUAUUGUAGAUAUGGCAAACACUAAGGGACACACAGCAAUGCUUAAUUCAGGCUGUUGGCAUCCAAAAAUAAAAGAAGAGUUUUUAACAUGUUCCAAUGAUGGGACUGUAAGGACGUGGGAUGUUACUAAUGAGAAAAACCAUAAAACUGUGUUUAAACCACGUUCAGCUCAAGGUAAAAGGGUGAUUCCAACAAGCUGCACCUACAGCAGAGAUGGUAAACUUAUUGCAGCUGGCUGCCAAGAUGGGUCCAUCCAGAUCUGGGAUAGGAAUAUGAAUGUUCAUACCAAGUUUCACUGCAGACAAGCACACGCUCCAGGCACUGAUACAUCAAGUUUGACAUUUUCCUAUAGUGGUACCGUUCUUGCCAGUCGGGGAGGUGAUGAUACCUUAAAAACCUGGGACAUCAGACAGUUUAAAACACCUCUUAAUUCUAUCAGUGGCCUACCAAGUUUCUUCCCCAUGACCGACUGUUGUUUUAGCCCAGAUGAUCAAUUACUUGUUACUGGCAUUUCUGUUAAGAAAGGACAUGGCAAUGCAAAACUUCUCUUUUUUGACCGGGAAACGUUUAAAAAAAUGUAUGAGAUUGAUGUCACUGAUGCGAGUGUCGUUCGGUGUCUGUGGCAUCCUAAACUGAACCAAAUCAUGGUUGGAACAGGAAAUGGAUUAGCAAAAGUAUACUAUGAUCCCUUCAAAAGUCAAAGGUAGUAAGUUUAUUUAUUUUUCUCAU